UGCACCCUUCCCUUGACAGCGCUCUUGUGGUUUGACUUCGUGUUGACGCUCCCGGAUGAGUACCGCAGAAUAUGGAGGCGAAAGUUCACAGGAGCGACAGUGAUAUACCUCUUGAUACGAUACGUUGCGGUCAUCGAGAGGAUAUUUUUUGUGCUCGAGGUCCUCGUUUGGAAAUCCAUCUCUAUCGCAGCGAGGGCUACAACAGUGGUAGUGGAUUGCAUCCUCAUUGUCUUCACGUGGAUAAAGACGUUCAGCAUAAACCGGGACUCGUUCAGGAUGGGUUUCCGCACUCCGUUAGCGACGUUGCUCCUGCGUGAUGGU